AUGGGAAAAGCAAAGAAAACGAGGAAAUUCGCCGAAGUAAAACGAUUGAUAAAUCCAAAGGAUUCAAGACUAAAAUCUGUACAAGAGAAACAAAAAUCUCAACAGGAGAAAAAAGUUAAAGAAGCUAUUCAUAAUGUUCCGCAAGUAGCUUCAUCACUUUUCUUUAGACACAACACGGCCCUCGGUCCACCUUAUCAAAUAUUGGUGGAUACAAAUUUUAUUAAUUUCUCAAUUCAAAAUAAAUUGGAACUUUCAAAAAUAGGUAUUCCAUGUAUUACUGAUUGUGUAAUGGCAGAAUUGGAAAAAUUAGGUCCAAAAUAUAGGAUCGCGUUGCGAGUCGCUCGUGAUCCAAGAUUUGAAAGAUUACCAUGUACACACAAAGGAACGUAUGCUGAUGAUUGUCUUGUGCAGCGAGUAACUCAGGCAAGUGUCAUACAUAAAUGUUAUAUAGUGGCAACUUGUGAUCGAGAUUUGAAACGUCGCAUUCGGAAGAUUCCUGGUAUUCCUAUCAUGUAUAUUUCUAAACGAAAAUAUACUAUAGAAAGAUUACCAGAAGCUUAUGGUGCUCCAGCUUAA